UCCGCGUCGAAUGUUAUUAACAUUUUUUUAUAUUAUUCCAAUUCUAAAAUAGAUUAUAAAACAACACGCUGCAAAACAUUUGGUAUUAAAAUAGUGUAACUACAAAAGUAUUUAAUAUUAAUAGAUUUAUAAAAUAAAAAUUUGUUUGACGACGGUGUGAAGAAGAAGUGUGUGUAGUAGAGUUUAACAAAAAUGGCAGACAUUGUGGAAAAGGAGGAGAAAACAAUUGCCGAAGAUUUGGUUGUAACCAAAUAUAAAUUGGCGGGUGAAAUCGUCAACAGAACUUUGAAGGCUGUUAUUGAUCUCUGUGUUGCCGGUGGCUCUGUCAGAGAUAUCUGCACAAAGUCAGAUGCUCUUAUCACCGAAGAAACAAGCAAAGUUUACAAAAAAGAAAAGGAAUUAAAGAAGGGUAUUGCCUUUCCCACCUGCCUGUCAGUCAACAACUGUGUUUGCCACUUUUCACCGUCCAAAAAUGAUCCCGAUCAUGUGUUGAAGGAUGGCGAUGUUGUUAAAAUUGACAUGGGUGCUCAUAUUGAUGGCUUCAUUGCCGUAGCUGCCCAUACUGUCGUAGUAGGAGCUACUGCUGACAAAAAAGUAACAGGUCGUCAAGCUGAUGUAAUUCUUGCUGCUUACUGGGCUGUACAAGCUGCUCUAAGAUUACUUAAAGCCGGAAACAAUAACUAUGCCAUUACCGAUGCUGUUCAACAAAUCAGUGAAUCCUACAAGUGCAAACCCAUCGAGGGUAUGCUCAGUCAUGAAUUGAAACAAUUCAAAAUCGAUGGCGAAAAAACAAUCAUUCAAAAUCCUAGCGAAGCUCAACGCAAAGAACAUGAAAAGUGUAACUUUGAAACACAUGAAGUCUAUGCCAUCGAUGUUAUUGUGAGCACUGGUGAAGGUAUUGGUCGUGAGAAGGAUACUAAAGUGUCAAUUUACAAAAAGACCGAUGAAAACUAUAUGCUUAAGUUGAAAACAUCUCGUGCUCUUUUGGCUGAGGUUAAAACAAAGUACGGUAAUAUGCCUUUCAAUAUUCGCGGUUUUGAUGAAGAGACUAAAGCCCGCAUGGGUGUUGUUGAAUGUGUGUCCCAUAAAAUGAUUGAACCCUUCCAAGUGCUGUACGAAAAGCCAAGUGAAUAUGUGGCUCAAUUCAAACACACUGUCUUAUUGAUGCCCAAUGGAGUCAAUUUAGUAACUGGCAUUCCCUUCAAUGUUGAAAACUUUGUUAGUGAACACAGCAUAGCUCAACCUGAAUUAAAGGAACUUGUUAACACUCCCCUGCAGCCACCCAAGAAAGGUAAAGGACAUGCUAAGAAGAAGGCUGCUGCUGGUACAGACACUGCCACUUCAACACCGGCUCCUGUGGAGACCAAGGCUUGAAAGCAUCAAAUUAACAACAAUUGCUACGCCUUUUGCUAUAUACUAAAAUAUUAGAGCAACUAAAGCAAUAAAUUUUAAGUAUGGAUGAGAAUGAAGAGGAAACUCUGCAACAGAAUGUAACACAACCUAAUAAUUAAAACAGUAAACAACAUACUACUACAAUUUACUCAUUUACCCAUAAAACAGCCAAACAAGCAACCCACAUACCCGUUCUAUAAAACUUAUCUACCAGCUAUUAAUUAAGUGGGAGCUGGUUCAACUAUCUGUAUAUUGCGCCCGGCCAGCGUUACAAAAUUCAAAAACAUCUCUUUUUUUUAUAUUUCUAUUCAGUCCAAUUGAAACAAAUUUCAUUACGUAUGUGUACAGUGAAACUAAAACACAAGGAAAUUUAAUAACAAAACAAAAACCAACAAAAAAAUGUUUCAGCAUUAUUGUAAUAAUAUCUAUCCUAAAAGAGGAUAUUUAUAUUUUUUAGAUAAUUUUCAAAAUUAUCUAAAACUUUGAAUUCGUUUUAUAUUGUUUUAUAAAAUUAUUGAAAAUAAUUUUUUAAAAAAAGCUAAAAAUUUUAUUAGAAAUAAAACCA